AUGACGUAUAAUGAGGACCAUGGUGCUGCUACUGCCCUAGCUAUGCAGUCAGUAAGCGAAAAUCCAAAGUUAAGUUUACGAAAAAGAGCAGAGGAAGUUGGCUUUAGUCCUAGAACAAGAAGACCAAAGAAACCAGGCGGAAAGGCUGUUCCUACCAACACGACUCCCGAAGAAAAACGUCCCCGAACUGCAUUUUCCGGGGCGCAGUUGGCAAGACUGAAGCACGAAUUUGCAGAGAAUCGUUACCUUACAGAGAAGCGAAGACAGCAACUAAGCGGUGAGCUAGGAUUAAACGAAGCUCAAAUAAAAAUCUGGUUCCAAAACAAACGGGCCAAAAUUAAGAAAGCCUCAGGCCAGAAGAAUCCUUUGGCGCUUCAAUUGAUGGCUCAAGGGUUGUACAACCAUUCAACGAUACCUUUAACAAAAGAAGAGGAAGAAAUGCAGGAAAUGCAUGAUAAAAGUUCGUAG